CCAUAAGGGUCAUCUUUUCAAAAGCUAUAUAUAACAGAAGAAUCUCAAAGUCAUUUAUUGGAUUGUGUUACUAAAAUAAAAUAUGGGAAAUACACAAAAAUUCCACCUUUUUCUUCUUCUUAGUUUCCCACUUUUCUUGAUCUUAGCAGCAUUAUCAUCUCAAAUUUCUGCUUUUACUACUGAUUUUCCAGAAUUAAUAGACAAGCCGCAAGAGUUGCUUUCAGAAGAAAGAGUUUUCCAACUUUUCCAAGAAUGGAAACAGAAGCAUGGGAAAAUUUACAAGAAUGAGAAAGAGGAAGAAAUGAGGUUGGAGAAUUUUAAAAGGAAUGUGAAGUAUAUAGUGGACAAGAACUCAAAGAGGAGGUCAGAAUCAGACCAUUUAGUUGGUUUGAACAAUUUUGCUGAUAUGAGCAAUGAAGAGUUUAGCCAAGUCCAUACUUCAAAGAUUAAGAUGCCUUUCAACCAGCAGAACAAGACCGUUAUUUCUGCAAAUUCUUGUGUUGCUCCUCCUUCUAAGGAUUGGAGGAAACAUGGGGUUGUCACUGAGGUUAAGAACCAAGGAGCAUGUGGAUGUUGUUGGGCAUUUUCUGCAUGUGGAGCUAUAGAAGGAAUAAAUGCAUUAGUCACUGGUGAACUUAUUAGCCUUUCAACUCAAGAACUUGUCAACUGUGACACCGCCAAUAAAGGGUGUGAAGGUGGACUUAUGGACCCUGCUUUUAAAUUUGUGAUCAACAAUAGGGGCAUUGAUUCAGCAGCUGAUUAUCCAUACACCGAAUCUCGAGGCACUUGCAGUUACAACAAGUUGAACAAGAAGGCUGUAACAAUUGAUGGAUACCAAGAUGUUGCACAAGAAGAAGGUGCCCUACUUUGUGCUGUUGCUAGACAACCCGUUAGUGUAGGCAUAGAUGGAAAAGGCCUUGAUUUUCAGCUAUAUGCAGGGGGAAUCUAUGAUGGAGAAUGCUCUAGUAAUCCAGAUGACUUAUCUCAUGCAGUACUAAUUGUAGGAUACGGUUCUGAAGGAGGAGUUGACUAUUGGAUUAUCAAGAAUUCAUGGGGAAAGUUUUGGGGUAUGGAGGGAUAUGCAUAUAUAAAAAGGAAUACUAGUUUGCCAUAUGGGAUAUGUGCUAUUAAUUCAUUGGCUUCUUAUCCCAUGAAAGAAUCGUCUUCCACUCCACCAUCCCCUCUGGUUCCUCCACCACCUUCUCCAAAACCAAAUAUAUGCGAAGACGGCUUAUUUUACUGUCCAGAAGGUCAAACAUGCUGCUGCGGCUUAGAUUUCUUUGGCAAGUGCUUAGUUCACGGAUGCUGUCCUAUUGAAAAUGGUGUUUGCUGUGAGAAUUCAAGAUUAUGCUGCCCUCAAGACUUCCCAUAUUGUGAUGUUUUACAAGGCCUCUGCCACAAGGAUUAUGGAGACAAAAUUGGAGUUGCUGCAAGGAAGAGAACAAUAGCCAAGCUCAAGCUACCAUGGAGUAGUGGUACUAAGGGAAUAGAAGAAAUGGACCAAACUUUCCAAUGGAAGAGGAAUCAGUUUGCUGUGAUGCGCUGAAACAACUUAUCUAAGUUAUUAUAACUUUUAUCAUCCCAAUUGGCAACUCUUAGUGUUAAUCUGGUUCUUGUUGUCAAGUAAAUAUUGUAUAAAAAUAUAUAAAAGAAAAAUGUAAAAACAACCUUUGGUUAUCUAUGUAUAAUAAUUUAUGAAUCACAAUUGCAUUCACAUUA